UUUUUUCAACGUCCGUGUAUCUGUCCCACUCCAGCUAAGUCACUAGUAGAAACAGCUGUUUUACACACCCCAAGGGGGUGGGGGGAAAGGCCAGCGGAAGGCCGAUUGAGAACAAAAUCAGAAUGGACUCACAUCAGCCAGUUCCUUAACGAAAGCUCUGCUGAAAGUCACGAGUGUCACGGUUGGACUUGCACAUGAUUAUUUCGAAAAUCUUCAAACCUCGCGGCGUGUGAUUUUAAUUAGUGAAAUAAAUUAAAUAUUGUAAACAUUUUGAGUUAUUGUGAUUGGACAACUAUUUGUUUAAUGAAAAUGGUUCGAAGCCUAACACAGUGGACGAAAACCCUGAGUUUUCCGUCACGUAUCUCCCCGAAAAGCUCUAAAGAAAAUGUGACAAAUAUCCAGGCUGUUACCCCAUCCCACAGCAAUAAUUCUUUAUCGCCACCUUACAUAAAAACUAAUAAUGAAAUCAACGCGAUCAUGAAUGACUCAACAAUUACAGAAGUAAACAAAAUAUACCCAGAUCCCGAGUCUGAAAAGGCAAUAAUGAGUUCUGUAGUUUAUUGCAUUCAUCACAAAGAAGGAUGCAAGUGGUCGGAUGAAUUGCGAAAACUAAAGGCUCACCUAAAUACCUGCAAGCAUGAUGCCUUGCCAUGUACCAGCAAAUGUGGAGCACAGAUUCCGCGUGUUCUUAUGGAGGACCAUCUUAAGUACACAUGUCCGCUACGACGAGCCAGGUGCGACUUUUGUAACAAAGAAUUUACAGGUGAAACUUUGGAGAAUCAUGUCGGAAACUGCGGUUUCGAACCGAUUUACUGCGAAAACAAGUGCGGUCUAAAAGUUCAAAGAAGACAUCUGAGCCAGCACAAGGCGGGAGAGUGUUUAAAACGACUCCUGCCUUGUAGGUAUUGUUCUAAAGAAUUCGUCGCUGACACCCUGGCUGUACACCAUAAUAAAUGUGGCAGAGUUCCUGUGGUAUGCCCUAAUAGAUGCGAAGCAACUGUUCUUGCCAGAGAAGAAGUUGAAACCCACCUAAAGGACCAUUGUACUAGUUCUGUUCUAAAUUGUAACUUCAAAGAUGCAGGAUGCCGAUUCAAGGGACCACGAUAUUCAAUGGAAAAGCAUUUGGAGGAAAAUUGUCAACAACAUUUGUCCCUUAUGUGUAAUGUGGUAACCAAACAACAACACCAAAUCGCUUCUUUAAAGACAGCUUUAUCAAGACUUUCUCUCAACUAUUCCGGCACCCUCAUUUGGAAAAUUAGCGAUUUUACUUCCAAAAUGGCUGAGGCUAAAACAAAAGAAGGCAUGGAACUUGUUUCUCCACCAUUUUAUACUAGUCAGUAUGGAUACAAACUUCAGGCUUCAUUAUUUCCAAACGGAAACGGAACGGGUGAAGAUACUCACAUUUCUGUCUAUAUUAAAAUUUUGCCAGGAGAAUAUGAUGCUCUUCUACGAUGGCCCUUUGCCCAUUCGGUUUCUUUUACCCUCUUUGAUCAAUCAACUUGCCCCGAAAAAGCUUGCAAUAUCGUAGAAAGUUUUAUUCCUGACCCUACCUGGAAGAAUUUUCAAAGGCCCAGUAAAGAACCGGAUUCCUUAGGCUUUGGAUUUCCAAGAUUUAUUUCUCACGAAAUGCUCAAGAAAAGGCAUUUCAUGAAGGAUGACACAAUGUUCAUCCGAGUUAAAGUAGAUCCUAGUAAAAUAGUUGCUGUGUAAGAUUCGCCUAAUUUACUGACAAUGUAAAUAACGUAAUAAGUAUUUUGUAAGACUGUUUUUUUAGUUUGAGAAUUUUUUUUUGAGUACUUAAAAAGAAAUCUACUUUUUUGUUAUCGUGUAUAUAAUCAAAGAAGUGUUUUAUUGUUUCAAUUAAAAUAUUAUGUCAUUUUUCUUAAGAAAGUUAGGAUUCUCAGGAAAAUGUAGGAAAUCUUAACGAAUGAAAUUUCAGUUGUACAUUUUCGUUCAUUUACAUAUGUGUGAUAGCUGGAAAAUACCAAAGGUCUGUUAGUAUCCCCGAAUUUUUUUGUAUAUAUUGUACAGUUAUUUUUAGAAUUAGAUCUCGUAUAAUAAGUGCAUAUUGUAUUACAUUUUGUGUUUUACGGUUUUUUGUACGUAGAAAUAAUAAAAUCGUUUCCGUUACAA